AUGAUGGGAGCAAAGCCAUCAAAAAGAAGCAGCAUGAAGAAGGGGGUCCUACCCAUGAAGGGCAGCGGAGUGCCACUGGCAUCUGACUUGUUAGGGGGCAGUGGUGACGCUGCAGCGGAAGAUGAUGAAGAGUUAGGGGAAAGGGGGCAGUUUGAAGAGCCCAUAUGUGCUUUGGUUCAGAACUGUACCGUCCUGCAUAACAUCGUGGGCCCCGCCUGCAUUUUUCUCCGGCAGAGCUUCGCUCACGCUCAAAUCGACAGGGAUUUACGUCCAGAGGAAAUUGAAGAGCUGAAGGAAGCCUUCAGGGAGUUUGACAAAGAUAAAGAUGGCUUCAUUAGCUGUAAGGAUCUGGGCGAGUGUAUGAGGACGAUGGGAUACAUGCCCACAGAGAUGGAGCUGAUUGAACUCAGUCAGCAGAUCUGUGGUGGAAGAGUCGACUUUGAGGACUUUGUAGAUCUGAUGGGACCAAAGAUGUUGGCAGAGACAGCAGACAUGAUCGGGGUGAAAGAAUUGAGAGAGGCUUUUAGAGAGUUUGACUCUAAUGGCGAUGGUCAGAUCAGUCUGGCUGAACUAAGGGAAGCCAUGAAGAAACUGAUGGGAGAGCAGCUUAACCACAGAGAGAUUGACGAAAUCCUCAGGGAUGUUGACCUCAAUGGUGAUGGGCUGGUCGACUUUGAAGAGUUUGUGCGAAUGAUGUCUCGCUAACUUUGAGAAUGUACUAAAAAGGGAGUUGUGAGAAGUGUAAUGCAGUACAUAUUUUUAAAAUAAAAACCUUGUAAUUGCUACUUAUCUAAACCAUAGCACUUUUCCAAAAGAA